GGAAAGAAAUCACUGUAGAGAAAUGCAGAAAAUAGGAAAAAGCGAAAGCCAGAGUUCCAAACACCACCUUCAUUUUUAAGUAACCAGCACAGCACUGUUGAAAAUGUCAACAAAUGAGUUCGAGUUCUUAAAGAUUGAGACAUGCGUUCUCAAAGUGCACAUCAACUGUCAAGGGUGCAUGCAGAGAGUGAAGAAACUCCUCCGAAAAAUUGGAGGUGUUUAUCAAGUAAGCAUAGACGCAGAUGAGCAGAAGGUCACUGUCACAGGUAGUGUGGAUUCUUCUACUUUGAUCAAUAAGCUGGUCCGAUCUGGUAAACAUGCCGAGCUUUGGUCUCCAAUUUCUAACAAGAAACAAGCCAAAUUGGUCAACGAUGGCAACAACCAGAACCAAACCCAAUAUCUAAUGAAUGGCCUCAAUGCCUCCAAAAAUCAGAACAUGUUCCCCACCUUUGGCAGAGAAGAUGAUGGGUGGGGAUCUGAAAGGUAUUUUGAUCAGAGUAGGGGGACCGAGGCCGAGACAGGUGAAUUCAAUCAAAAUUUGAUAGCAGCCAUGCAAAAUGCAAACCUGGGUGGGGAUGGAGUACUCCCAAUUGGCGGUCAUGACAAAUUGGAAAACAACAUCAUACCAUUGAGCGGCCAUGCAGGUUUUCAUGGCAAUGGCUCUGCAGGCUUUGUUGGCUUAGGAGGCCACGAAUUUGGUGGGUAUCAAGACAUUCCUAGGGCUUUACCAAUUCACGAGUACGAUCAUCCAUCAUCGAUGAUGAUGGCCAACAGGCAAGUGUGCCACUACAACUAUCCAUCAACUGAGAUGAUGAACACUUACAUGCAUGACAGAAACACGAUCAACAAUAUGGUGAUGAAUGACAGUGUUCACAUGCAUCAACCCCAGAUGAUAAACCCUACAUCUUCGCUUCUCUCCAUGAGUGGCAACUUCUAUUAAG